CUUUGGUAGGCGGUUUGUUUGGAUUUGUUCUCCUGUCACACUGCAAGCUGUAAGGAUUCAACAGUUUAAUUAACUCAAAAAACGAUCCAAUAAAACUGCUAAUAUUAUAGCAUUAUUAUCUGAGGAAGGAUGGAUGAAUCUAAGAAACGCCUAGUGCAACGACUCAUGAGAAAGAUACCGACUAAAAUGCUGAAAACAACGCUGGAGAAGUGGGGCCGUUUGACCGGGGAACAGCAGCGGGCCAUGGAUAUCAUUCAGUCAAAAUGGGCGUUAACGGAAAACCUACUCGCUAUUUGCGAGGAAAACGAGUUGGCAGUUAAACACCUCACAGAACUCGAGAUGAUUUAUAUGAUAGACAAUCCAGACCACGGGAUGUGGUAUGCCUUCCAGCUUACUGACCCUGAAGAUGAUGCUCAAUCUGUAGAUCUGACGCAGUUCAAGGAACAAUUUAAAUCUCACCUAAGAGAACUUGUGAGAGAAGUGUCCAUCAAAAUAAAAAAACAAGAUGAAGCCGUUUGGAUUCGGAUUGCAUGGGGAGACGCCUCCUCUCACCCCGACCAUCUCAAACCAACAUAUGUUGUUCACUAUCUUCAAACACCAUAUGUCUUUGUGACCCGUCUGACUUCAAAGCAAAAGCCCAUGUUAUCCCAGGCCAUGGUUCUGUCCACCAGGUAUCAAUAUUUCAAGGAUGCCAACCUCAGUGGCCGGAAUCUCACUGCCAUUAGGGACCUGCUGAUGAGGAAAUAUCAACAGGUCUUCCCCACCAAGUAUCCCAGCCCUCUCACAGAAAGAAAACAAACAGUCACAAACCCACACGUAGAAAGAGAACAAGCUAAGCCUGCAGCAAACAGACUUCAGAUGGCCUGUGAGGCCUUUGGUGGUGGGACGUUACCUCAGCUACAGUCUGCAGUUUACAAGCUGGAGACAAAGUUCAGAGACCACACCAACACACUCAUGACGGAGCGAGAGGAGCCCUUCAGAUGUGUUGUCAAAUUUUCCAGCACAAACCUCCUGGAGUCACUCAAAAACUGCGCAUCUUCAGGAAUUGCAUCCACCCCAGUCACACCUCUGCUUUCAGCUAUACCCCUAAAAGGAAAGAAUUAUUUUGUCAUCACAGACAAUGGACCUGGUCCUUCCUCACAAAUGCGCCAAACACAGAACUGAUGGGCGACAGGAACUUGAUUUUAAAGGAGUCAAAGCAUGGCGCCAUGUCUGGUCAACCCAGGGUUUGCUCUUAUUGUUCUAUCAUCAAUCUCCUUGUUCAAGAGCCACUGCCCCUCCAAGAUCUGUAGAAAUGAAUGUACCUUUAUUACCCAGUUGAAAAUAUCUUAUUAGUUGACAAUCGAUAAUUGUCAUUUUUAUGUUUGUUAGUGUUUUAGUGCAAGAAUGUUAUUUCUAUGAAAUAUAUGUCCCAAAUUGAAUAUAAAGCUGUUUUAAAAAAAUAAAAAUGUUUUGAAGUUUGUAA